CACUGCCCUUCUUGGGGAGGGUUUCACCAACGACUCAUUGUCUUACCAAGAAGAAAAAACUGGCGCUGGAAAGAAACUACCGCCGACAAGCUCGCCCAUCACUCCCGCCGAUUCUUUAGCCCUCCAGGACACUCGGCCCGUCACGCCAUCAUCAUCAUCAGCAGCAGCAGCAACAACAGCGGCGCCAAGAUGACCAAGAAGAUCCAGGAGCCCACCAUCACAUCGGUCACGGACCUCCCCACCGACGAGGCCAAGUGGAUCGCGCUCCAAAAGAUCUCGUACGUGGACCAGACGGGCACGGCGCGGACGUGGGAGGCGGCGUCGCGCAAGACGCGGGCCAAGAGCUCGGGGGGUGUCGAUGCCGUGACCAUGGGCAACGUGCUGCUGCACCCGUCGCGGCCGCCGGCGACGCUGCUGGUGGUGCAGUACCGGCCGCCGCUGGACGCGUACACGGUCGAGUGGCCGGCCGGGCUGGUGGACGAGGGGGAGACGCCCGAGCAGGCGGCCGUGCGCGAGUUCCGCGAGGAGACGGGGUACGAGUGCGAGGUGGUCAGCAUCAGCCCCGUCCAGGCCGCCGACCCGGGCCUGAGCAGCGCCACCCUGCGCAUGACCAUGGUGGAGGUGCGGCUUCGCGAGGACGAGCCCCUGCCCGAGCAGCGCCUCGAGGACGGCGAGCACAUCCAGCGCGUCGUGGUCCCCCUCGACGAGCUCUACGACCGGCUCGUCGAGUUUAGCCAGAGGGAGAGGACCAUCGUCGCGGCCAAGCUGUUUCACUUUGCGGCCGGUAUGCAUUUUGCCAAGGGGAAGGCAAAAGAGUAUGGAUUGUGAGAGGAAGGAGGGGGAAGAGAGAGAGAGAGAGAGAGAGAGAAAGCAAUGGUAGUUGAAGAAGAUUUAAAGGAGGGAGGGGAUUUGAAGUUAGCUGCUGCUUUG